AUGGAGGACCCGGUGGUAUGUGCAGAUGGCCAUUCCUAUGAACGCGCCUUCAUUCAAAAAUGGCUCGCACUGGGAAAACGCUCCAGUCCAAAGACAAACAUGAGCUUGGCACACACAACCCUGAUUCCAAAUCUCAAUCUGCGAAGCAUCAUCGAGUCGAUCAAGAUCAGAAUGCCUGCCAUCCAGUCUGAGCAGAUUAAGAGCAUCAAGGAGAUGCAGGACCUGGAGGCGAUCGUCCGAUCGCUGAUGGAAGAUCAGGGCAAGCUGGCGGUGACGUGCAUCGACUCCCAGCGACCCCCGGGAACCACAACGGGCACAACGGGGUCCGCUGGACCUGGUGGACCUGGCGCCCCGUAUGAUGCACCAGCGCCGCCGCCGCCACCGGUGGGUGCGCCACUAACACAGCCGAUUCCGGUGGUGUUAAAUCUCUUGAAGCAUGACUCCAAGGAGGUUUGUGAACGAGCGUUGGGUCUCAUUGACGCCUUGGUCGCCUCCAAUCCUCUACACCGCGAUGCGGUCUGGCACAACGGCGGCAUCCCGUUGGUGGUCACCAUGCUGAAAGAUGGUCCUCCGGAGCAGUUGCAGCGCGCCUGCAGCUUGCUGCAGACCUUGUCCAGUCAGCGAGAAGCGCAGAUGGCUGUCGCCUGGGCCGGUGCCAUUCCCAUCUUAGUGCAGCACCUGAACCAUGACCUCAGUCGAGUUCGCGUGGAAGCGGCCAGAGCUUUGUGGAGCCUGGCGCAGAAUAACAUGGACAACCAAACGUCCAUCCUGCAGCAGGACGGGCUACGGCGCCUGGUGGCGCUGCUACAGGGAGCGGCGGAGGCCCAAGAGCCGGCGCUGCUGUUGCUGCUGGCACUGUCGCAGGGCCAUGAACAGCAGGACAACAUCACACGUGCAGGCGCCAUUCCCCCGCUGAUCGGCUUGUUGGAUCGCAUUGAGUUGCGUGAGCUGGCGGCGGCGGUGCUGGCCAAACUGGCGCACGAACAUGAGGACAACCAGUCAGCCAUUGGGGCGGCUACAGGAGCAGUGCCCAAAUUGAUCAAGCUGCUCAGCGACGAAUCCCCCAGCAUCAGAGAAACUUCUGCUGGUUUGCUCCAUGCACUGGUGGCAGGUGGACAUGGCAAAAACGUGAUGUCCAUCUCCCGUAGCGGUGGAAUUCGGCCCAGCUUAGAGCUGCUGAAAGACCAGAACCCUGGAACUCGGGAAGAUGCGACAGGUUUGCUAUCCAUCUUAGCCACCAACGCAGACAACCGUGCCGUGAUCGCCAAGAUGGGCGCCAUCCCGUUGCUCAUCGAUGUGGUGAACGACACGGACCACGUGGCACCGGCAGCCAGAAAACAUGCGGCAACUGCGCUGGGAAACUUGGCGGUGAUGAACUCCAGUAACAAGGAGGCCAUCGGUCAGUCAGGCGGUAUUCACGCCUUGGUGAAUCUGCUCAGUGACGGAGACGCCUUGGUCCGUGAACGUGCUGCCUCUGCGUUGGGAACCUUGUGCGUCCUCAGUGACCAGAACAAGUCUUGGAUGGUGGAAGCAGGCGCCAUCCCUUUGUUGGUGGAGCUGUUGAAGGACGAGAUCAGCAAGAAACCCGCCGUGGUGGUGCUCCGAAGCCUGGCUGAGGAGAAUGAGGUGCACCGCCGUACCAUCAAAGAGCGCUGCGCUGAAGGUGACCUGGCUGCGCUGCUGAAGCUCUGA